AUGUACGACGCCGAGCACAGGGACGCGUGGUGCGCCAACGAAUCGCUCGUUCAGUUCGACGUCGACGAGACGGCGAAAAUUUGCGCGCCUUGGGAGAAAUUCUGUGUGACCGCCGUCACCACCAUCAACAAGGCGUUCACGUCGGUGACGCGCGGAUGCGGCGAGCGAUGCUCGGAGUUGUGCGAGUCGAUCGGCUACGGUCAGGAUCAGGUGAAUUGCGACGAUUGUUGCGAGGAGGAUUUGUGCAACGCCAACUUCUCGGUGCAGUACUACGAGGUGCUCAUGAGCCGACAGUACACCUCAUGGACUACGCCGCUGCCCGGCGAGGUGGAAUGGAAUCGAAAACGAAACAUCAAAUUUCCGUACUCGAUCGCCGUCGCACCAACCCAUAAUUUGCUCGUCAUAUGUUUUCUGUUGAUUGCCGCUUAG